UCAUCAAAUGUAUGUUCUCUGCAAUACCUUUUGUGCCAUAUAAUGUUUGGUAUCAGGCUGGAUAUUUCUCCCCUUUCUCUCUCUCACAUUUUCAGCUUUGGAAGAGCAUCACAAAUCACACUUUAAGAGAGAUUACAAAUAUAUAGAGUUUAGCGUGUUUGUUUGAUACCAGAUCAUUUUUAAAAUGUGUGUGUGUGCGUUCACAUUGUUGGCAAAUUUAUGGUGGCCCUAUGAAUUCCAAUUCGAGUUCAAGGCAAGCCGUUUAACAUCACAGUGAUCCAAAUAUAUGCCCCAACCACAGCUGCUGAAGAAGCAGAAUUAGAUAAGUUCUAUGAGUAUCUGCAGCACCUACUGGAUAACACACCAAAAAGAGACAUUAUUCUCAUUACAGGAGAUUGGAAUGCUAAGGUGGGCAGUCAAAUGACAACUGGGAUCACAGGCAAGCACGGAUGAAGCAGGAUGUAGGUUGAUAGAAUUUUGCCAGGAAAACUCUCUGUGCAUAACAAACACUCUCCUCCAACAACCUAAAAGACGGCUUUACACAUGGACUUCACCAAAUGGUCAACACCGAAAUCAUAUUGACUACAUCCUUUGCAGCCAAAGGUGGUGGACAUCCAUCCAGUCGGUGAAAACAAGACCUGGAGCUGACUGUAGUUCAGAUCACGAAUAUCUUACUGCGAAAUUUAGAAUCAGACUAAAGAGAAUGGGGAAAAUACAUAAACCAAUUAGAUAUGAUCUCACAAAUAUUCCUAGUGAAUAUGCAGUGGAGGUGAAGAAUAGAUUUCAGGGACUAGAUUUAAUAAAUAGAGUCCCAGAAGAACUAUGGAUAGAAGUCCACAACAUUGUUCAGGAGGCAGCAACAAAGUACGUCCCAAAGAAAAAGAAAACAAAGAAGGCAAGAUGGUUGUCUGCUGAGACACUGGAAGCAGCCCAAGAAAGAAGAAAGGUGAAAAGAAACAGAGAUAGGGGGAGAUAUGCCCAAUUAAAUGCUCAAUUCCAGAGGCUAGCUAGAAGAGACAAAUAACUAUUUUUAAACAAGCAAUGCAUGGAACUGGAAGAAGACAACAGAAUAGGAAGGACAAGAGACCUCUUCCAGAAAAUCAAAAAAAUCGGAGGCAAAUUUCAGGCAAAAAUGGGCAUGAUCAAAAACAAAGAUGGCAAGGACCUAACAGAAGCUGAAGAGAUCAAGAAAAGGUGGCGAGAAUAUACAGAAGAUCUGUAUAGGAAGGAUAAUAAUAUAGAGGAUAGCUUUGAUGGUGUGGUGAGUGAAUUAGAACCAGACAUCCUGAGAAGUGAGGUUGAAUGGGCCUUAAGAAGCAUUGCUAAUAACAAGGCAGCAGGAGAUGACAGGAUCCCAGCUGAGUUGUUUAAAAUCUUGGAAGGUGAUGCUGUCAAGGUGAUGCAUGCCAUAUGCCAGCAAAUAUGGAAAACACAAGAUUGGCCAUCAGAUUGGGGAAAAAAAUCAAUUUAUAUCCCCAUACCCAAAAAGGGAAGUGCUAAAGAAUGCUCCAACUUCCGUACAGUGGCACUUAUUUCCCAUGCCAGUAAGGUAAUGCUCAAGAUCCUGCAAGGCAGACUCCAGCAAUACAUGGAGCAAGAGUUGCCAGAUAUACAAGCUGGGUUCAGAAAAGGCAGAGGAACGAGAGACCAAAUUGCCAAUAUCUGCUGGAUAAUGGAGGAAGCCAGGGAGUUUCAGAAAAACAUCUACUUCUGCUUUAUUGACUAUUCUAAAGCCUUUGACUGUGUGGAUCAUAAUAAACUAUGGCAUACCAAGUCACCUUGUCUGUCUCCUGAGAAAUCUGUAUAAAGACCAAGCAGCCACAGUAAGAACAGAUCACGGAACAAUAGACUGGUUCAAGAUUGGGAAAGGAGUACGGCAGGGCUGCAUGCUUUCACCCUACCUAUUCAACUUGUACGCAGAACACAUCAUGCGACGUGCGGGGCUUGACGAGUUAAAAUUGCUGGAAGAAACAUUAACAACCUUAGGUAUGCAGAUGAUACCACUCCGAUGGCCAAAAGUGAGGAACAGCUGAGGAGCCUAAUCAUGGGAUGGGAUCUGGUAUCUUUGAAGUACUCCAUUUUAAUACAUGCAUUAUAAAAUGUAAAACUCAGACUCAUAACCUUUAAAUAAAAAGGUAUUGGUUUGACUCGCCUCAUGACUCAAGGUGGGUUACAACAUGGUUAAAUCACAUUAAAACAUAAGACCAUUAAAAUAUAUGUAUUUAAAACAUAGAGAUUAAAACACAUUAAAACCAUGCAUACUACUAAAAAGUAAAUUUAACAUUCAUAGUGUUGUAGUUGGGCCAAGGGGCAGUAAUGGUUCUAUGGGUGAAACAGCUAGAAGGAGAAAAAGGGCUAAUAGAGAGCAGGUGCUUGAUGAAGAACAACAAGUAAAGCGGGUUCGGGAAAUACUUAUGGCUUCUUCAGAGGAUGAGACGUUUUAUGGGUUUUCUAGUGAUGAGGAGUCCAUACUAGAUGAUGAUUUCGCAGAGAGUAGAGGAACUAAAAGGUCUACUCGAGAGCAGGAGUCAGAUGAGGAAAGAGAAAGGAAAAAGAUCAGGGAUAUACUCACUGCUUCCACGGAUGAGGAGACUUUUGAGGGAUUUUCUGGGAAUUAUGGGUCUGGGAGUGAGAUGGAGAGUGCUGACUGGACUCAAGUAAAUGUGGAUGAUGAGCCAGCCCAUGGGGCUGCAUCAGGGGAUUGGCAAGCCUCUCAUACUUCUGGGACAUGGGGAGAUCUAAGUCUUGAACAGAGAUGGAGGGGCUGGAGGGAUGGGAGGCAAGGUCCACUAACAAGAUCAAGAUCAGCUGUGAUUGAUGAGGAAAGGGCGGAGGUCUCAUCAGCAUCGGACUCCGACGAGUAAGUUAAAAGUAGAGUUUGGAGAACUAUUGUCUUGCAGAAGGCAAGGUGUCGUUUUGGGGACAUUGCUUUGUCGCUGCCUGUUCUCCUUGGGUCCUGGCUGUACAGCUUCCUGAUAAUCCGGAUUGAAUCCUGCUUCAGUGUUCCUGGCUUCUGACUCCUGUUCGACUUCUGACAACGGCGUUUCCAGUUUGGCGUUUGUUUUGGCUUCCCUGUUCUAGCAUUUCCAGUUCGGCGUUUGUCUUGGCAUUUCUGCUCCAGCGUUUCCAGUUUGGCGUAUGCCUUGGCGUUCUUGUUCCAGCAUUUCCAGUUCGGCGUUUGCCUUGGCGUUUCUGCUCCAGCGUUUCCAGUUCGGCGUUUGCCUUGGCAUCCCUGCUUCAGCGUUUGCAACUUGGCGUUUGUCUUAAGCUUUCCUGCUUCAGCGUUUCCAGUUCGGCGUUUGCGUUGGCGUCCCUGUUUUGGCAUCCCUGCUUUGGCGCUUCUACUUCAGCUUUUCUGGCUACUGAACCCGGUCCGGCUCCUGACCUUCGUCUGUGCUUGCUCCUGGCUUGGCGUCUCCGGUUUUCUCCCUUUGGAGAGAACUAUGAUUCUACUUGCUGCCUUUUGAGAGUAUUUUGCUCUUUUCCAGCCCUUUGCGCCACAGCAUUGAGUGGCGUCAGUUCUGGUAACGUUUCUGUUACAUUUGAUGCAGAUUAUCAAGCCAGAUAAUCCGGUUUAUCCUUUUGUUCUUGCUUUUGACUCCUUUUGAAUUAAGACAUUUAUUUUUGAGGAGAAACACUGCAGUUAAGUGUUUCUGAGUUUAAAAUAUCAUUUAAUAAACAUUUAAGAACUUUCCUUUAUGUGUGUGGCUUUUUAAAAGGCGGCUGUGUCACGACACAUAGUUUAAAAUUGACUGCUUUUCUGUUUGAUACAGAAACAAAUGCAGUGAUUUUUUCCAGGCAUCCAUUCAGAUUCUGAAUCAAUAUCUAAUUUAUUCAUGGAAUAAUAAAAGAAUAAAUUAAUAGUAGCUUGGCAACUGGAGAAAUAAUGCAACCAUACUAAUUCAUUUGAGUAAUAAUAGCUGAAUCAGCUUUGGAUAAGGCAGUGAUGUUUAUGGAUGAGUAUUUGGUAUAAAUAUUUAAGACUU